UUUAGCUCUGAGAAAAACCCUCGGUUAUAUCACUCACUACUCAGCUCUCCAAAAAUCAGCCUAAACAAAGAGAAAAAUGGUUAUGUCUGCCGCAUCAACUGCCGCCAGAUCCGUUUUCCGGUCGUCUGCCGUCCGUUGCGCCGCCGCGAGGUUCACCUCCGAGGCCAAAUCAGCUCGCUCCGCCUCCGCCCCCUUCCGCCUCCCAUCCAGAGCUCCUCUUCUCGCGCACCGCGUCCUCCGGAACCCCGUCGAAUUGAGUGCGUGCCUGGAGUCGUUGCAGCCGUACCACACGGUUACUGCCUCCGCCCUGAUGACGUCAAUGCUCACUGUCUCCAGCUGCGGUUAUGGUUGGCUCCCGGAAGGUACCGUCAAAUAUGAAUUAAAUGGUGAUGAGUUGCCUAACCAUUGGCUAUUCAUUCUUGAUUUUAGGUAUCUAGCCAGCAUAGAGCCUUCUUUUGCUGACCUUCUCCUCCUUUCAUAUCCCUGGCCUUGACAAGACUAGAUGAAGAUGGAGAAGCAGAGAAUUACUUUAAUUGUAUUUAGAAUUUCAUGCUGGAAGACAAUGCUUUUACGUAGACAUAUUUUCCUAUUUAUACAUGAAUAGACUUCCUCUACAUUCUAUUUGUCAACAGUUUAUAACUCUUGAUUGUGAAAUUUCAUUUCCUUAUAUGUCAAUUGAUAUCUUGCAAUGUUAUCCUUGUAUCUAAUUCUAUUUUUCCUGUAUAGUUUCUUUUAUGGCAGUUACUAUAGUAUAAUCUCAACAAUGAUAGUACGUGCAAGAAUAGUAUGAAUAUUAGUGGUUGCUAUAGGUGUCAUUAGCAUUCUACAAAUCUUUUAAAACAAAAAUGAGUCUGAUUGAAGCUUAUGUGAUAUUGUUAUCAAUCAGCUUGCAAUGAUGAUGUGUGAUGAACUUUGGAAGGCAAGGGAUAUUUAGUGUAGAAACUCUUCUAAACACUGAUCGUGGAAUGUGAAGAAAGUUCUCAUUGAGCUGGUGAAGGGUCAUUAUGUGUCCAGAUGUAGGAGAGCUGUUAGUUGGUGUUUACUCCUUAAUUUUUUUUUUUCUUUUUUCUAAAAGGAUGUUUGGAUGCAAUAAUUUCAUUGUCUUAUGUGUCCAGAUUGCUUCUUCGUAGAUUUUUCUUUUUCUUUUUCUUUAUCUUUUUGUCUCAUUACUCGCCGAAGCUAAAAUUUCAAUGAUGUCAUUUCUGAGAAUCAUGUAUUAUAGAUGUUUAGUUCAUCCAAGUAUUAUUUCACUAAUUUCUUCUAUAUUAAUCAGCUUGCAAUGAUGAUUUGUGAUCAGUUCCAUCUUUCAAGGUUUGAAGCAAGGUUUCUGUCUAGAAGAUGAACCCCAUAUGAACAUUUUUCUUCUCUUGGUCUGUCUUUGUUUCUCUUUGAAUUUUGAACAUCACUUCUUACCAGUCGAUAUUCGUCAGGAAAUGAGCCUAAGAUCAGCUUUGUACAAAUGUCUGAUGAGAAAUUUGCAAUAUAUCUUACAGUAAGGUGUCUCACAUGAAUAAUCUUGAGAACUGAAUUUGUUUUCUGAAUGGAGCAAAUGAUUGCUUAGCAAGUAAAGCAAAAUUUGAAGUUCCAAUGGAUUCACUCUCAAACUGGAUUAUUUCGUCCUUGGUUUUCCCAGGUUGUGAUGAUUUAUAAUUCAAGUUUUUCUGAAGCACUACACUGAGUACUGUUUUGCGAUUCAUCUUGAUGGGAUCUAUUUUGAAGUUCUGCUGUUGCUUGUUUUGCUCUUUCCCUUUCAAUAUGUGUAUUGAAUAACUGCUCAAGUUAUAACUUCAGCCAGAUUCUGUAUUUUGAGGUACAAGGAGUUAUUGAUGAUAGAUAAUCAUGUAAGUAAACUCGUGUUUGGGUAUUAAACGUCAAAUUCACUACAUUCUCUCGCUACCUUUUUCUCAGGUG